AUGUCUUACAGAAAUAAUUUGAUAUAUCAAUAUGCCUCUAAUUUAAAUGAUGAUACUAGCUCUGAAGCCUCUAAUUUUAACAAUGUAAAAGUAAAUGAAUAUAAUAAAAUUAUUGAUGUUGAUGAAAUUGAUAACAAGUUUGAUCAAAAUGAUGAACUUGAUAACAAUGAUGAAGUUGACAAUAGUGAGCAAGAAUCUUGUAAGUCAAAUGAACCUGAUGAAGAUGAUAAAAAUAAGGAAUAG